AUGGAAGGUGGUUCGAGUUCAUCAGGCAAAGCCAUGCAAGAGAAGGAGGAAGUUAAAUACCGCGGCGUGAGGCGGCGGCCGUGGGGGAAGUUUGCAGCUGAGAUUCGCGACCCGACUCGCCAGGGAGCGCGGCUGUGGCUGGGGACAUUCGACACCGCGGAGGAGGCGGCGAGGGCCUAUGAUAAAUCCGCGUUUAAAUUGAGAGGGCAUCUGGCGAUCUUGAAUUUCCCCAAUGAGUAUUACUCUCAACUUGUUAUUCCGCCUUAUAACCCUAAUUUUACCUUGUCUUCAUCCUCAAUUUCUUCGCGUCGUAAUUCCUCACACGACAAGAUUGAACUGGAGUACUAUGAUGAUAGUUUGUUGGAGGAGCUUCUUGAAUCGUCCGAAAAGAAGAAGACCAAGAAGAACUGAUCAUGAUUGUCGCCAUUGAAUCUAAUCUACAUCUGUUUUAAUUGGUUGUUACUCUUGUAUGUGAACGACUAGUUCACCAUCGUCUUAUUU